UUAAAAAGUUAUUAGGUUUUUAGGCGUCCAUUAGGUAGUACAUUUAACAUUUUUGCGGACAUGAGUGAUAUGGUGCCAUCGUUGCCAUUUCCUAUGCAUCCCAAAAUGCAUGGAGAUCAGGCGCCAGCAUUUACCGCCAAAGAGGAUGAAGAAGAGCGCCGGCAUAUACAGAAAGUGCAGAAUGCCUUUCAGUACUACAGACGUUAUGCCUACCUAAGGGUUAACAAAACGGAGGAUUACCUUAACAGUUUGUCCAUUGAAGAUCAGCGUCUGCUCUCCAAAUACCGCAAGCAUUUGAAUAACGUGCGCAGGUGCAUUGACGGCAAUCAGUCUGUGAUCCGAGAGAUUCUGCGCGAUCGUGUCCUCUAUCCAACUGGCGAUGGCGACGCGGACAUCGAGCUGGAGGAGGCGCCCGACCAUGUGCGACACGGCGACAUGGAUCAGACUAAUUUUCUUGUUGAUGCUCAUGAUGAUGAUGAUGAUGAUGUUAUUGCUGAUGAUGUUGAACCUCUAAAAAUUUUAAAGGCUCAGUCCACACUGAAACUGAUCGCACGGGACUGGAGCGCCGAAUGCGCCGUGGAACGCGAACAGUCCUACAAGCCGAUCAUCGACAGCAUCGAGGAGUAUUACAAGCCAAGCGAUUACGCACUGAAUGAGAUUAAGAUACUGGUGCCUGGCGCUGGCCUGGGCAGGCUCACCUACGAGCUGGCCUGUCGCGGUUAUGCGUGCGAGGGCAACGAGUUCUCCUACUUUAUGCUGAUCGCCUCGAAUUUCGUGCUCAAUCUGUGCGACUAUGAGAACAAGCAUGUGCUCUAUCCGUGGGUGCAUCAGUAUGUUAAUAAUAUGCGGCGCGCCGAUCAGGUGGCCUCGGUGCGUUUUCCCGAUGUCUGUCCGGUUAGGAAUCCGCCCAAGGGCAACAUCGAGAUGGCCGCUGGUGAUUUCCUUGAGGUCUAUAAAACGCCGGAUGCCUACAACUGUGUCGCCACAUGCUUCUUUAUCGAUUGUGCCAACAAUGUUAUUGAUUUUAUACGCACCAUUUACAAAAUUCUAGUGCCUGGCGGCAUUUGGGUGAAUCUCGGACCGUUGCUGUAUCACUAUAGCGACAUCAAUGGCCAGAACAGCAUUGAGCCAACGUACGAGGAUCUGAUCAUAAUUAUGGAGAGCGUUGGCUUCGAUAUAUUGAGCUCACGAAGCGGCAUACGCACCAAAUAUGCACAGAAUCCGCUAUCGAUGAAGCAAAGCGAAUACCAGAGCCUCUUCUGGGUGUGCCGCAAGCCGCCCAACAACUACGAACAGCCGAACCAGAGGCAGCAGCGGCAGCAGCAGCGGGAGGAGGAGGAUCAACGUCCAAACAACGAGCCGCCAGACUUAAUUGUGAACCAAAGCAACGAAAAUGAUCUCGAUUUUGAGACUGAGGCAAAGCAAACGUGAUAUCGCACACACACACAUCUUGACCAUUAAACAAC